CGAGUACAGACUACACCGUCAACAAACUCGAGUGAGCAAGCGAGUGGGGACUGACAGCAUCCAUACAUCCCAGUUUACCAAAACACUCUGUCUGAGGACCCUCCAGAUCUACACAUUUACCUCAUAAACACCAUUAACACAAGGCUUGACUAAACAGGAAACUUCUGAGCACGAGUUUGACUUCCUGGUUGGCUACGCACUUCCUGAGUUGUUUGCGCCCUUUUGAGUCCUUUUUCCCCAAGAACGCAGAGACCGGAAGCUUUCUUUUCUUUUUCUCUCCUCCUGUGUAAAGACCACAAGCAGAGGCCAUCCACAUCAGAUCUGCUUUAAUAUCAACAGAUCUUCGAUUAAGGAGCUAAAGGUGCAGCAUCGUGAAAACAGCUCAACCAAGCACGUUCUCUGAAGAGAAAACGGUGUCAUGGAUGGGUCUGACUCUGGCAUUAAUUCAGGGACCUGCUUACAUCCCAAUACUAGGAAACACAAACAAAGGGAUGCACAGAGACAGAGUAUCGAAAAUCAGUCAGGAAAAGGACAAUGUGAUAAACACAUGCAGACACCAGACCGUAACUCAUUGGACCCACCACCCAAUUUUCAAGGAGAUAAAGAAGAUGAACCCAGCAGUUUAAAGGAAGACGUCACUUCAGAAAAACAUCAGAGGAGAAGAAAGAACGAACAAACAGAGGGAGAAGAAAACAUCAAUGAAAAGUUAAGGGAAACAGCAGAGGAGAACACACGACUUAAAAGACUGUUAAAGGAGAUGGAUAAAAAGAAAAGUGAAACAGAAGAGGAGAACACACGACUUGAGGGAUUGUUAAAGGAGACGGAUAAAAAGAAAAGUGAAACAGAAGAGGAGAACACACGACUUAAAAGACUGUUAAAGGAGACGGAUAAAAAGAAAAGUGAAACAGAAGAGGAGAACACACGACUUGAGGGAUUGUUAAAGGAGAUGGAUAAAAAGAAAAGUGAAACAGAAGAGGAGAACACACGACUUGAGGGAUUGUUAAAGGAGACGGAUAAAAAGAAAAGUGAAACAGAAGAGGAGAACACACGACUUGAGGGAUUGUUAAAGGAGAUGGAUAAAAAGAAAAGUGAAACAGAAGAGGAGAACACACGACUUGAGGGAUUGUUAAAGGAGACGGAUAAAAAGAAAAGUGAAACAGAAGAGGAGAACACACGACUUGAGGGAUUGUUAAAGGAGACGGAUAAAAAGAAAACUGAAACAGAAGAGGAGAACACACGACUUGAGGGAUUGUUAAAGGAGACGGAUAAAAAGAAAAGUGAAACAGAAGAGGAGAACACACGACUUGAGGGAUUGUUAAAGGAGAUGGAUAAAAAGAAAACUGAAAUAGAAGAGGAGAACACACGAUUUAAGAGGAAAAACAAUUAUUUAUUUGGGCUGAUCUUUGUGCUGGUUUUGGUUCUACCGUGUAUUGGAUUGCACUUAGCUUUCAAAGGGCAUGAGAUAAACCACCAUGAGCUUAGACUGAUGUUGGUGGGGAAAACUGGAGCAGGAAAGAGCGCAUCAGGAAACACCAUCCUUGGUGAAAAGGCCUUUAGAGUCGAAGCGUCUCCUGCAUCUGUGACUGCAAGCUGUAAAAAGAAGAACAAAAUCCUGGAUGGAAGAAACAUCACCAUAAUUGACACUCCUGGAGUCAUGGACACAUGGUUAAUAUCGAACAAAACCGCCCACCAUGCACAUGAAUGUAUCUCGAUGUCUUCUCUUGAUCCUCAUGUGUUCCUGCUGGUGAUCAGACUGGGAAGAUUCACGGUGGAGGAGAGCCAUGCUGUGAAGUGGAUUCAGGAGAACUUUGGAGAAGAAGCUCUGAAGUUCACCAUAAUUCUAUUCACUGGUGGAGAUCUGCUGGAAGGGAAAACGGUGGAGAACUUUAUCAGAAAUAGUUAUGAUCUCCAGAAUCUUGUAGACACCUGUGAAGGUAGAUAUCAUGUUUUUAACAACUAUGAACAAAAUAACCGCAUUCAAGUCAAAGAGUUGUUUGAAAAGAUAAAUGCAAUACUACACAAGAACAUGGGUUACUUUUACGUGACAGAGGUUUAUCAGAAGGUCCAGAGAAGCACCAGAGAAGAGGAUGAGAGGAAGAGAAUUAUUUUGCAAAAAGAAAUCAAAACACUAGAAGAGCAGAAGAGAGCUACAAUGGAGAAGCUGAUCAGAGAAGAAGAGAAAAUUAAAUUUGAACGGCUAGCAAAUGAGGUGAAAGAGGAGGUCCAGAGUCAGUGUAACAGUAAAGAGACAGAAAUCAGGCAGGAAGAGGAAUUAAAGAGGAAAAAUAUGGAAGAAGAGAUUAAAGCAGAGGAGAGGAGGAAGGUGAAUGAGAUGGCAUUGAAACUGAGAGAUGAGCAACAUGAGAACAAAAAUCUGAAGAAAGAGGUAGAAUAUAAAUAUAGUGAAUUUUUCUGGUUCACGGUCUCAAUGGGCGUGUUCUUAACAUUUAUUAUUAUUGUGGCUUUCUCUAAGAACAGGAGAUGGAUAAAAAGAAAAGGGAAACAGAAGAGGAGAACACACGACUUAAGACUGUUAAAGGAGACGGAUAAAAAGAAAAGUGAAACAGAAGAGGAGAACACAAGACUUGAGGGAUUGUUAAAGGAGACGGAUAAAAAGAAAAGUGAAACAGAAGAGGAGAACACACGACUUAGACUGUUAAAGGAGAUGGAUAAAAAGAAAACUGAAACAGAAGAGGAAAACACACGACUUAAAAGACUGUUAAAGGAGACGGAUAAAAAGAAAAGUGAAACAGAAGAGGAGAACACACGACUUGAGGGAUUGUUAAAGGAGAUGGAUAAAAAGAAAACUGAAAUAGAAGAGGAGAACACACGAUUUAAGAGGAAAAACAAUUAUUUAUUUGGGCUGAUCUUUGUGCUGGUUUUGGUUCUACUGUGUAUUGGAUUGCACUUAGCUUUCAAAGGGCAUGAGAUAAACCACCAUGAGCUUAGACUGAUGUUGGUGGGGAAAACUGGAGCAGGAAAGAGCGCAUCAGGAAACACCAUCCUUGGUGAAAAGGCCUUUAGAGUCGAAGCGUCUCCUGCAUCUGUGACUGCAAGCUGUAAAAAGAAGAACAAAAUCCUGGAUGGAAGAAACAUCACCAUAAUUGACACUCCUGGAGUCAUGGACACAUGGUUAAUAUCGAACAAAACCGCCCACCAUGCACAUGAAUGUAUCUCGAUGUCUUCUCUUGAUCCUCAUGUGUUCCUGCUGGUGAUCAGACUGGGAAGAUUCACGGUGGAGGAGAGCCAUGCUGUGAAGUGGAUUCAGGAGAACUUUGGAGAAGAAGCUCUGAAGUUCACCAUAAUUCUAUUCACUGGUGGAGAUCUGCUGGAAGGGAAACCGGUGGAGAACUUUAUCAGAAAUAGUUAUGAUCUCCAGAAUCUUGUAGACACCUGUGAAGGUAGAUAUCAUGUUUUUAACAACUAUGAACAAAAUAACCGCAUUCAAGUCAAAGAGUUGUUUGAAAAGAUAAAUGCAAUACUACACAAGAACAUGGGCUACUUUUACAUGACAGAGGUUUAUCAGAAGGUCCAGAGAAGCACCAGAGAAGAGGAUGAGAGGAAGAGAAUUAUUUUGCAAAAAGAAAUCAAAACACUAGAAGAGCAGAAGAGAGCUACAAUGGAGAAGCUGAUCAGAAAAGAAGAGAAAAUUAAAUUUGAACGGCUAGCAAAUGAGGUGAAAGAGGAGGUCCAGAGUCAGUGUAACAGUAAAGAGACAGAAAUCAGGCAGGACGAGGAAUUAAAGAGGAAAAAUAUGGAAGAAGAGAUAAAAGCAGAGGAGAGGAGAAAGGUGAAUGAGAUGGCAAUGAAACUGAGAGAUGAGCAACAUGAGAACAAAAAUCUGAAGAAAGAGGUAGAAUAUAAAUAUAGUGAAUUUUUCGGGUUCAUGGUCUCAAUGGGCGUGUUCUUAACAUUUAUUAUUAUUGUGGCUUGCUCUAAGAACAGUGACAGUGACCAAGGAUCCCUGCCCUCCUUUGAUGACCAUCAGUCCAUGGACACUCCCAACACUUUUAAAGGAAAUAUGUUCCUCCUUUCUAUUCGGAGAUGGAUAAAAAGAAAAGGGAAACAGAAGAGGAGAACACACGACUUAAGACUGUUAAAGGAGACGGAUAAAAAGAAAAGUGAAACAGAAGAGGAGAACACACGACUUGAGGGAUCGUUAAAGGAGAUGGAUAAAAAGAAAACUGAAAUAGAAGAGGAGAACACACGAUUUAAGAGGAAAAACAAUUAUUUAUUUGGGCUGAUCUUUGUGCUGGUUUUGGUUCUACCAUGUAUUGGAUUGCACUUAGCUUUCAAAGGGCAUGAGAUAAACCACCAUGAGCUUAGAUUGAUGUUGGUGGGGAAAACUGGAGCAGGAAAGAGCGCAUCAGGAAACACCAUCCUUGGUGAAAAGGCCUUUAGAGUCGAAGCGUCUCCUGCAUCUGUGACUGCAAGCUGUAAAAAGAAGAACAAAAUCCUGGAUGGAAGAAACAUCACCAUAAUUGACACUCCUGGAGUCAUGGACACAUGGUUAAUAUUGAACAAAACCGCCCACCAUGCACAUGAAUGUAUCUCGAUGUCUUCUCUUGAUCCUCAUGUGUUCCUGCUGGUGAUCAGACUGGGUAGAUUCACGGUGGAGGAGAGCCAUGCUGUGAAGUGGAUUCAGGAGAACUUUGGAGAAGAAGCUCUGAAGUUCACCAUAAUUCUAUUCACUGGUGGAGAUCUGCUGGAAGGGAAACCGGUGGAGAACUUUAUCAGAAAUAGUUAUGAUCUCCAGAAUCUUGUAGACACCUGUGAAGGUAGAUAUCAUGUUUUUAACAACUAUGAACAAAAUAACCGUAUUCAAGUCAAAGAGCUGUUUGAAAAGAUAAAUGCAAUACUACACAAGAACAUGGGUUACUUUUACAUGACAGAGGUUUAUCAGAAGGUCCAGACAAGCACCAGAGAAGAGGAUGAGAGGAAGAGAAUUAUUUUGCAAAAAGAAAUCAAAACACUAGAAGAGCAGAAGAGAGCUACAAUGGAGAAGCUGAUCAGAGAAGAAGAGAAAAUUAAAUUUGAACGGCUAGCAAAUGAGGUGAAAGAGGAGGUCCAGAGUCAGUGUAACAGUAAAGAGACAGAAAUCAGGCAGGAAGAGGAAUUAAAGAGGAAAAUAUGGAAGAAGAGAUGAAAGCAGAGGAGAGGAGGAAGGUGAAUGAGAUGGCAAAGAAACUGAGAGAUGAGCAACAUGAGAACAAAAAUCUAAAGAAAGAGGUAGAAGAUAAAUAUAGUGUAUUUUUCUGGUUCACGGUCUCAAUGGGCGUGUUCUUAACAUUUAUUAUUAUUGUGGUUUGCUGUAAGAAGAGAUUGGAGUUGAAGCAUUGGGAGAAUUUCAUAAAUAACCGGACCAAGGCAAGGCAAGGCAAGGCAAGGCAAGUUUAUUUCUAUAGCACAUUUCAUACACAGUGGCAGUUCAAUGUGCUUUACAGAAGUAAAAGCAAAACAGUAAACA